AAACAAUCAUUUAUCCGGUACGGCCGGCAACAAAGUUUCAGGAUGUUAUUGAAAUGAAGUGUUAUUUUAUUCGAUAAGAUAAAAACACUUAUGAGCACUGCACAAAGAAGAUACAAUAUAAAUAAGGGGAAUUGAUCAUUAUAAAAUAUUUCCUCGAUUUAUUUGACACUUGACAGUCAAUUAUUUUUCAACGUCCUUGAUAUCAUCAAUUAAAGUUAUUGUAACUAAAAUGGAUUCAAGUAAAUACAGUGAAAUCAAACUCAGCGAUUUUAAAUGGGUAAAUGAGCCUAAGAAAUGGCGAAUCAGUGACAAAGACCUUGAAGUGACGACAGAUGAGAAAACUGAUUAUUGGGAAGGCACUUGGUAUAAUUUCCAUCAUAAUUCAGGCCAUGUUUAUGGAGUAGAAAUUAAGGAUGACUUUACUUUCACGGUUUGCGUGGAAGCAGAGUUCAAUACCUUGUAUGACCAAGCAGGUCUAAUGAUAUACUUCGAUGACAAACAUUGGCUGAAGGCUGGCAUCGAGUACAAUGAUGGGCAGCCGAUGAUUAGCAGCGUCCUAACAAAUGAGCUCUCUGAUUGGGGCACAGGUGUAUUUGCUGGCAAUCCGCGCAAGUUCUACCUGCGGAUGUCAAGGAAGGGCGACGUGGCGUGUGUGAAGUACUCGACAGACAACGAGCUGUGGACGCUGCUCCGACUGUGCCCGCUGCCGCUGUGUGCGCGCGGCCCGUGUGUCGUGGGGCCCAUGUGCUGCACGCCCACCAGACAAGGGCUGCACGUAAAAUUCAGUGACAUAAAAAUCACCGUGCCAGCGGAUGAUAUCCUACAUUCUAACUGAUGUGCUUUUAAACGUACCUACCUCCUUUUUGUAAAUGCAAUGCUGCAGUUUAAUAUGUACCUACUUCAAAAAAGGAUGAGGUUAUUUUCCAUAGAGCAUAGAGCAUAGAGAGGUUAUUUUCCGCCGGUGGCCCGUGUUGCUCUAUGUUAUUUUCAGAUGAUUUUUCUUUUUUUGUAAAUGUGCUAAAGUUAUAUUUAUGUAGGUAUAAUUAUAUUUUGAUGAAAUCGAUACAAUCAAGUCUAAUAUGUACAUAUGUUAAAUAAACAAUUUUAAUUAAACAA